UUUUUUUUUUGUAGUGCAGUACCUUUUAGAACUUUGUAACUUAAAAAAAUAUGUCUGUAAUGUUUUAAGGAGAUGUUUCUAUAAAGAUUUUAAUGGAAUAUGCCCUACCUGGUCAAACUAAGACACCUUUAGACAGUGUUAAUUAUGGCUGGUUUAUUAACUCAAUGGCAAGAAAAUGAACAGGAUUUUGUCCUAACUGGUUUCUGUAAUUUAUAAAUGUUGAGUUAAAAUUUAAUUUAUAAAAAGUUUUUAUUGCAAUCUGACACAAUCCAUAGAAAAGUACAGAUAGAGUUACUUCUGGCAAAUCAUUUUGUCAGUUAUAGGGAAGCUACAAAGAGCAAUUUUUCUUUCUUUCUUUUUUUUUUUUUUUUUUUUUUGGUAAAGGUGGCAAUUAAUCCACGUGGUUGUAAUUAAAGAAAUUGCGAUGUUUAAUGUUUUAUCAAUUAUAUUAAAGUCGUAUGGUGUCAAUAUGAAAGUACUGCAAGAUGACUAACUGAUAUUUGAUGUUUAAUCGUGCGAUGCCUUAAACUUAUUCAAGGUGACAUGAUGGACUCCCCCUCGAUUUACCAUAGCGAUUUACGCCUUUGCGUUUUAAAUAGAGGAGAAUGUUUCUACGAUGAUCCCACUGUUCUCUGGUAUCCCUCCCACUUUCAAUUCUGAUUGGUCAAACCUAGAACACAUUCCCUUUUUCUAUUGGCUAACUCCCCUGUCUGCGCCGUGACGUCCAGACAGUGUGGGUUUACAACGAGGAAAGAGGAGACACAAUUACAAUGAAUUUGUGAAUAUAAUCAAGCUUAUUUUGUGGAGAAAUGAGACUCGCUGUAUACGCGUUUUACGGCUUUGCUCUUGGGCUUUUGCUCGUGGGUUUGCGGGAAUUACUGUUUAGUUUCGAGGAGAAUCGAUGCAGCAUGACAUACAUGUUCGAGUACCCAGAAUACCGACGCCUGCCGCUUCCGAGGCGUGUUGCGCGCCAGUACCCAUCAUAUGGCCUGUAUCUGUAUGGAGAGGGUGUAUAUGCUCAGGAGACCAGAGGACUCAAGCUCACUGGCGCACCUGUGCUCUUCCUGCCUGGGAAUGCGGGCAGCUACAAGCAAGCUCGUUCUCUGGGUUCAGUGGCAUUGAGGAAGGCUGAGAACUUGGAGAGAGGGAUCCAUAUGAAUGUGUUCACAAUUGACUUCAACGAGGAGCUGGUGGCCCUGUACGGGGGCAGUUUGCAUAGACAGACUCAGUUUCUACAUGAAAGCAUCAAAGCCAUCUUGCGCCUUUAUAAGGACCGUCCAGACCCCCCCACAAGUGUGGUUCUGGUGGGUCACUCCAUGGGUGGAGUGGUGGCUAGAGCCUUGUUCACCCUGGCACGCUUCAAUCCACGGCUGGUCAGCCUCAUCAUCACCCAGGCCUCCCCCCACCAGGCACCUGUCCUGUCUGUUGACCCUUAUAUACUGGAGUUUUACUCCACAGUCAGGAAUCACUGGGCCACAAAUGCUGAAGACCUUCGAAAUAUAACCGUUCUCUCUGUGGGUGGUGGUUACCUUGACUUCCAAGUGCGCUCUGGCUUGACGGCGCUGUCCUGUCCCAUUGAUGACCUCAAUAAGAUGUCAGUUGUGGUGACUGCAGUUCCUCGAACAUGGGUUUCCACGGAUCAUAUUUCCAUUGUUUGGUGCAAGGAGCUGGUUCUGGCCACAGUUCGGGCGUUCUUCGACCUUAUUGAACCUGAAACUGGCCAGUUUACAGAGAGUCCUGAGAAGCGAAUGUCAGUGUUGAAUUAUCACUUCUUUAGACACCCAGUGCUGCAGCCUGGAGAAUCACAGGAAGAUCCUGUCACUUUCUCAGCUCCUCCUGAGGCAUGGAAGGAGGUCAACACACUCCGUCUGUUCUACACUGCCCCUAAGGAAGCUCAAGUCAAGUACUUCCUGUUUGCUCUCUCCAGUCGAAGGAAAGCCUACAGUCAUUUCCAUUGCCGCAGUAAUAAUAUGGAAAUGACCAGCUGGCUGUACGGCUGCACACAGAUGAGCGGCUCCAUGUGUGUUCAGGCAAUAGAUCUGUCAUCUGAGACAGAGCUCCUUCCAGCCUAUAAGGCGGUGACAGUGAAAAUCAGUGAACUCUUGUCGGUCUCUCAUCUCAUCAUUGACGCCUCUAACCCCAACGGAGGACAGUUUUUAGUGGAGUGUGAGCUGCAGAGAGAGCAGAGCCUGACUGUCUCAGUGCAAGUGCCUCAUACGCUGUCCUUUGGUCUGACCGUCAGUGACAUCAGCAUUAACUCCUCUGGGCUGCUCCAUACACUACUGCUACAAGACUUUCAUCAGGUUUAUCAGGCUUUCAGAAUAACAGUCAUGAGUCACUGCAAAACCACUAAAGACAGACUGCCCAGUGUGUACAGAGUGAGAGUACCUUGGUUUCAAGAAGACUCCUUUGCUAUGGCAAGUAUUCCUUCAGUAUCUGAGAUCUACAGCAUGCUUCACACCAGCCGCCCAGACAACACCUCCAGUGCCCUCCUGCAGCUCCACACUGCCCCCAACUGCCAAUACAAGGUGUCUAUUCGGACUUCAUUUCCCAAAGUGCUUGGGCAGAUUCUACGUUUCUGUGGUCCAGUUCUGCCUGUCUACUCAGCUAUAGUGCUUCUUCUGAUGAUCAGUGCUCAGCUGAGCUCCAUCAAAAGAUUGGGGCAUCCUGUUGGAAUGCAAGAAGCCAUGAGUAAAUCAUUACAGGUACACAAACUGGAACUGCCUGUCCUCCUGCUGCUGCUGUUGCUCAGGCAGAGCUGGUUUCAGGAUGUCUGGUCCUCUCUGGGUUUUCCUGGGGUGGAUACUCUUCCUCUAAACUCUGUGGAAAGCAUAUCCCAGGAUCCAAAAGUGUCUGUGCAGGAAUGGCAUCGUCUGGUAUCCCCACUGCUCUGUGUGCUCGGUGCAGCCAUUGCAUUCUGGGGUAGCACAGUCCUCAGAGUGUUUGUCUACUUCCUGUCCUUUUUUCUUGCUCCACUGCACAGACCUUCAGUGUCCCGGGACUGCGGCACCCUUCGUCUUCGUACUCAGAUUCUCCUGAUGGUCUCUCUGAUUGUGCUUGGAGGCGUCACCUGUGGAGCGCUGGCUCUUAUGGUCUCCACUCUUCUCCACCUCUACAGAGUGCUUAAAUUACAGAUGACAGAGAGAUCACUGAGCCACAUGUUAAACCUGGCGCCCCAGAAAGUUUCACAAAACACAGAAAAUGGUUUUCAUGGCAGUGACUCUCACAGCAAGAAUAAAGAAUGUAACGGCAGCCCUUUACUGUCAGAAUCAGCGCUACAAGACGUCAGAGAUGAUCUGCAGCUCCACUUUUGUUUGUCCACAAUGCUUACUCUUACCAUGAUGUUUAGCGCCCCCUCCCUUAUCCACUGGAAGAACAAUUUCAGAUAUUGGGUUCAUUUGGAUCCUGACCCCUGUUGGCCUCACAUUGUGCCCCUGCUCAUCAGCUCUGUGCUGCUCAUCAACUGUAACACAAAUACACUCCUCUGCAGCAAACUGAUGCUUAAUCUGAUGCUCCAUCUACUGCUGCCGCUGUGUGUGGGAAUGCUUGCUUUUUGUCCACUGCACAUUUACAGAGUCCCUUACUUCCUGUCCGCAGCACUUGCCCUCUUGGUCUGUUCUUGUUUCUUUUGACCUCCCAACAAACUUUAAAUGUGAGUAUGCAUUGAGAUUAGAACAAGACUUGAGUUUUGUAUAAGUUUGGACCAGAUCAGACCGAAACAGCCUUAUAACCCUGUGUGUAUUCAGUGGGAUCACAUGGACUUGUGACAUCAGUGGACCAGCACAUCCAGAGUUUUGUGAUUUUGUUAUCAUUUUUAGUUUCUUGACAGGGUAUUACGUUUGUUAAUGAUGGUAAGGCUGUAUUGAUGAGCAAUACCUCUUGUCCAUAAGGCUAGUUUUCCAGACACAUUUUAAGCCUAGUACUGAACCAGUUGUGGAUUUAGGCAUAUUCUCCCGGGGGGCAGAAAGGGGCGCAAAAUCAAAAAAAUGGAAUGUGCGAUCUGGUUUUUACUGCUCAUUAUCACAUCAAUGAUAUCAUGCCAAUAACCUCAAUUCAAAAGGAUUUUAACUAUAGCGACUAGAUGGCUGCAGAUGAUUACCUUAAUGGGUUUUCAUUUAGAUUUAUGUUUAGACAUUAUAAAAUCAUUAUAACAUUUUUUUUGUUGUUGUUGUUGCAAUUGUCACAAUAAUAUAGUCAAACCUGGGCAUGCUAUUUAAUCAGUGUCUGGGAAGCUAGCAUGGUGUGUGUAUUGGGGGUGGUGAGAGUAUUCUUCUGAUUUAGUGUCAAUUCUUAAAAUCAACAUGAAAUCAUAAUUGAUUGGGAUACACAAUAUAUCAGUAAAAAAUAAUAUCUGAAAAAGGAAGCAUCUGACAACAUUGAAUUUUUCAUUUUCAUUCUCAUUUCCCUAUUUUUAAAUUUAGAUUACCUUUGCUGUCAUCUAAAACUCUGUUAAAUGUAAUCUUUAUGAAAUUUAAAACAUACUUUAUAAUUUUGUGAUGUGUAAAUUCACAUGUAGCAUUUGAAAUGAUUGUUUUCUGUUUUUAGUGAUUGAUUUAUUUUUACAAAAUUGUAUGUUAUUUUAAUAUUAGCCAAGUAAUGGUUAUCGGCCAUAAUGUAAUAAUCCAUUAUCGGUGUCUCACAGAGUUUUUAAAAAGGUGCCCUAAGAGCUCACCCGGGUUUCUUCCUGUUCUUGUGCAUAAAUCAUCAGUGCACUUUAUUCAAAAGAAGAAAAAAAAACCUUUAGAUUAAUCUUGAAAAAAUAGAUCAGUAAGAACACCUACAGUACAUUCACUACAGAAUGUUAAUUAUUUUCCUUUACUUGUUUUACUUCAAAUUCAACUAAUAUAGUUCACAGUGAAUAUAUAUUUAGAAACUUACACUAAUGUAAUCACUUUCAAAUGAAUCUUUUAUUUGUUCAGUUGACGCUGAGAACCAUUUGCUUCAAUUCUGAUUCACAGUAAUCAAACAUUUUUAGUCAUAGUGUAAGAAUCAGUCAUUUUAACAAGGGAAAAUUGCUUUUACAAUUCAUUCCAGCCCCAGUUAACCAAUCGAUUUUUACACCGUUCAUGGAAAUCUUCACUUCAUUCUUUAGUCAAUUUCCAGUUUCAUAUUAUACAUCAUUAAAAAAUAUCACAUUACAAAAGUAAAAUGGGUUCAAAUGGGUUCAAUUUCAUGUUGACUUUAAGGGUGUAAAAGCAGCCUUCGGUGUUUGUUCCGCUUUUUUGCGAUUCACAUGUUUGUUUGUGAGAAUGAUCGGAUCUCUGCCUGUUCUAUCUUCGAUCUGUCAUUUCUGCCUUAAACCAUUCAGCUUUGAGUGCACAUGUAAUACCUGUAACUUCUGAAAUAUCUCAGAUCUGUUCAUAUUAACACGCCUUUUUUAAAAAUUACUUUAUUAUUAUUAUUUGCAUCCACUGAAGCUGUAAGGCAAGGAACAUAACAUAGGUGCAAUUACUGAACUGGACAGACGAGCAAUAUGAUGAUUUUAUAUUAGCAUCAAUGUGCACAAUUUGUGGUGUUAAAAAGACAUCAUGGUUGCAUUUAUGGUUACAGAGCAGUCUCUGUAAUUAUUACAAACACUGCCACAGUCACAGUAGCCAUGAGAUUGUUGCUGUCUGAAUAGCUUUUUUUUUUUUUUUUUUAACUGUAAUGUUUGAAGAAUGCUGUUGAGGGUCAGGAUCGCUUACCUGAGAGCUGAAAAGAUACUUUGCCAUCCUGAAUCAAAUGAGAGAAUCGGUGCCUUUCUUGUUUCUCUGAUACCGAUUUGCAAUUUAACCUCGUCAUUGAGGAUGGAUGUUGAGGAUAUUUGUCAGUCCAUCCAAGUAGUCUGAUAUUUCAAUCAGAUUUCCUUCUCUCACAGGAUGUACUUGACCAAAAAAAAAAUACUCCUAUGGCACGGAAUUGUGUCCUCCUCAGCACUGUGAAUGUAUGAGUGUGUGUAUUUGAGAUGUUUUGCAGUGAGCUUUGAUGUGCGUUGUCUUUUUUUUAUGGUGUGUUGCAAUCUUGCUCUGCCUCAUGCUAAAUGUAAACUGUUUUUGUUGUGAAAGUUUGAAAGGAUGCCUUUUUUCUAUCAGUAUGAUUGUGACUGAUUGUUUUCAUCGAUGUUCACUGUGAUGUGCCACGAUAUUUUGAGGCCAGGAUCUGAUUUUUAGGUCUCGAAGAAAGGACUGCUUGUUUAGGGCCAAAUCUGUCCUGGUCAUAUAAUGAGUACACUCACCAUCUGCAAUGAAGCCAAACAGAUCCAACAGAAACUCUUUAACUCUGCAGCAAUGACAGCAAUGUUUGUAUUGAUGCUAGUGAUGGUUUUGCUGAGUGAAAUUUAAUGAAGAACUUGCAUAAACUUAUUUUGUUAAAUAGUGUUUUGUGUUGAGAUGUUAUGUGAUAAUAUUAACAGUUUAAUGUUAAUUGUAAAGACAGGAAUUCCCUACUGGAAAUUUAUACAUCACUUUUGAUCAACUGAAUGCGUACUUGCUGAAUGAAAUUCAGCUUUUCUUAAAAAAAUAUAUUAAUUGGCACAGCCUUUUUCAACAUCGGUGAUACGAUAUGUUUCUUGAGCACCAAAUCAACAUAUUACAAUCAUUUCUGAAGGACCAUGUGACAUUGAAGAUUAUAAUAAUUGCUACUUCAUGUAAAUAAAUUACAUUUUAAUAUAAAAAUAUUUCACACUACUGUUUUUACUGCAUUUCUGAUCACAUAACUGAUCUUACUGAUCACUAAACAUUGAAUGGAAUAGACUAAAACUGCAUUUUUAAAAAUUAAAAAAAAAAACGUUAAGAUUGAUUGGCAAUUAAAGAUUUAAAUUACAUUAUUGUUCAGUGUUUUACAUUUUUACAUGUUACAUUUUAUAUUUUUAUAUCAGUCGAACAAUAAUCAACCUUUAAAAACAAAUGUGAUUUGAGGGAACAAAAGCCUACAAGCCUGCACAUCCCACAGUCAUGUCCUGUGUGAGAAACACAAAUUCAGGAUUUCUGUUGGUUUUGAGUGGGGUCUCAGAUGGGCUUCAAGUUUAGCUGUGACUGUUUUGACUUUUAUUAUUUUUAAUAAAAUGCAGCUCACUGCCUCAUGAACCUAAAUGCUGUUAUGCUUUAUUAUAGUUACAGUGACUCGUCUGUUUUAUUUAAUGGAGAGGUUUAAAUCUGUAUUGUAAGGAGUUGAUAUUACUUGUCUCAUUUGAAAGCUGAAUAAUAGAUAUUUACAUUUGUAAUGUUUUAAAAUGAAAGCAUAAAUCAGCAGUUGUAAAUUGCUCACUUAAACAUAAUAUUGCAAAAUGUUUACUAAGAGAUGUAAGGUAAUACAAGUGUGAUUAUAGUGCUGUUUUGCUUGGUUUGUGGUACUUUUUUAAUGAACAUAUUUCAAUCAUGUGCGGUAACUAAACUGUAAGAGAGCGUAAAUAAACAUUUGUCAAAGCCUCUUUUAUACUGCUUUGGGAUGAAGCACGCACAUGUAUGCUAACAUAUUAGCACUUCUACGGGCAGUCGGGCUGAUUUAACAUCAUUGGCUUGCACCUGUUUGGCCAAACAGCAGCGUCACUGUGAUUGGCUGUGAUCAUUGUUUUCUUAAUAUGGUGAUUAUUAUUAUAAUUCAUGCUUAUUUCUGGAGCAUCUUUUAUUGUUAUUUAAUAUACAGACAUGCUAGAAAGUGUCAGAUGUUGUGGACCUGUUUUGUAAUAAGAUUGUUACAGGAUAACAAGGUAUUUGCCUAUUUAAUAUUUUGUAUAUGGUGAAAUAACAAACUGAAUAUUCUCAGGUUGCGAAUAAUGUGUUGUGGAGUCAGUGGCUUGUAGUGUUUAUCUUAAUUUUAUUUUGACCCCCAAAAUAUGUGCAAUUUGAGCAUUAAUGCAGUUUCAAUAAAAUUGUUUACGGUGA